GAGAAAGGAAAAAACUCCCCGGAUACUGACUAGGCUGAGACCGGCUCGGAACUUUCUAGAAAAGUCGCGGCUUUGCCUUGCCUUCUGUGUGAGAGGAAGCGGCAGGCUGGUUGCUCGGCUCCCUCAAGCGCUAGACUUCGUUUGGUAUUUUUUUUUUAAUUUCUCGGCCGGGGCGCGAGCGUAUGGUAUCAGCUGAACCAUGGUGAAGGAGACCACAUACUAUGAUGUGCUUGGGGUAAAGCCCAAUGCCUCCCAAGAGGAGCUGAAGAAAGCUUAUAGGAAAUUGGCACUGAAAUAUCAUCCUGAUAAGAAUCCUAAUGAGGGCGAGAAGUUCAAACAGAUUUCCCAAGCCUAUGAAGUGCUUUCUGAUCCUAAGAAAAGAGAGUUGUAUGAUAAAGGUGGUGAACAAGCUAUAAAAGAGGGUGGUACUGGAAGCGGCUUUGGAUCACCCAUGGAUAUAUUUGAUAUGUUUUUUGGAGGUGGUGGAAGAAUGCAAAGAGAAAGGAGAGGUAAAAAUGUUGUCCAUCAGUUGUCAGUUACUCUAGAAGACUUGUACAAUGGAGCAACGCGAAAACUGGCUCUACAGAAGAAUGUCAUUUGUGACAAAUGUGAAGGCCGAGGCGGCAAGAAAGGUGCUGUGGAAUGCUGCCUUAAUUGCCGAGGAACAGGCAUGCAAAUUAGGAUUCAUCAGAUAGGACCCGGAAUGGUUCAGCAGAUCCAGUCUGUCUGUAUGGAAUGUCAGGGCCACGGGGAGCGCAUUAGUCCCAAGGACAGGUGUAAAAGCUGCACUGGAAGGAAGAUUGUUAGAGAGAAGAAAAUCCUGGAAGUUCAUAUUGAUAAAGGAAUGAAAGAUGGUCAGAAGAUAACUUUUCAUGGUGAAGGCGACCAAGAACCAGGAUUGGAGCCAGGAGAUAUUAUCAUUGUCCUGGAUCAAAAAGACCAUUCUCUGUUUACAAGACGAGGUGAAGAUUUGGUCAUGAGCAUGGAUAUCCAACUAGUUGAGGCGCUGUGUGGUUUUCAGAAGCCAAUUACAAUGCUGGAUAAUCGAACCAUAAUCAUUACUUCUCAUCCUGGUCAUAUUGUUAAACAUGGAGAUAUUAAGUGUGUACUGAAUGAAGGAAUGCCCAUCUAUCGCAGGCCAUAUGAAAAAGGCCGUCUGAUCAUUGAGUUCAAGGUGAUCUUUCCAGAAGGUGGCUUCCUUUCCUCAGAUAAGCUGUGUCUAUUAGAAAAGCUGCUACCUCCAAGGCAAGAAGUGGAAGAAACUGAAGAUGCGGAUCAGGUAGAAUUGGUGGACUUUGACCCAUCUCAGGAAAGAAGACAACAUUGCAAUGGGGAAGCCUAUGAAGAUGAUGAGCAUCAUCCCAGAGGUGGUGUGCAGUGCCAGACCUCUUAAAAUGGCCUCAUGAUUCCCCUUGUGCUGCUUACCCUGUAUGUCAGUUGUGGAUGAGUGAAGGACUAAAGUUGCUAAACUCUCUCUCAAACUUGCCAUCAUCCCUGUAAUAUUUAAAACAUAGUUGUUUUUAAAUCAAGUUAACAAAUUUAAAUCAGUAAAAUGCUACACUUCAAUCAAGUUGGAAUGAUGUUCAUAUUUCCGUAUGACCUCUUAAGGAAACUAGAAGCCACUUUGCUCUGGCUUUUUUAUUUUGUGCAUUGUAAGUGUAUUGUGUGCAAACGCACUGGCUUAGUAUUCAGUGAUUUCUGUUUAGUAUUAUAAAUUAUAUUCCCUUUAAAGUAAUGCACAUGUAUUUAUGAUUCAUGUUUAAAAUGUGAAAUUAAAGUUUUGUAUUCAUCUGCUCCUAAAAUAA